UAUCUAUAAUUAUCGUAUUUCUAUUUGAGGUUCUGCCACCGUGAUCCAAGUGCUCAAACAACCAAGACCAUCAAAGCCCGUAAUAAAAUUCCCCCUUCCCAACAAACAAGAAAGGAGAAAGAAAAGAAAAUCCUCUUCCGAUAAGUGUUUACAUUUCUCUGUGACCAAACGAUCGACCGGUCUAGGGUUGGAGCAGAAAAGCUUCCCCGUCUGUUACAGGCUCAUCCAUGGAUGCUCACGGCGAGCGCCUCCAAACCCAGCUCAACGGCCUCAGCCAUGGGGUGGCUGGUUUGAGAACCAGUUUAAGCAACCUGAAAGAUCAUCUACUCGUCACCGCCACCGAAAAUCAAACAUUUCUAAAAAAAACCAUCACAAAUCUACUCACCGGGAUCGAAGAUUGCUUGAGCGGAUACGGUAAGCCUCCAAGCGAACGGGCCACGUAUACGGAGGAAUUCAUGGAAGAAACCAAUUUGGAAUGGUAUAAGACCUUGCCCAUCCUUCCGAAGUUUGCAAAAAGGCUAGACGGAUAUGACAAUCAAUUGAAAUCGUCUUUGGAGGGUCAAGGCAUAAACUGGAAAGUAGAUUAUCGUCAGGUCCCUCAUUCCAUGACAGUUUCAACAAACAGUGGGGACCCACAUAUUACUAACAAGGCUUGUCAAAUUCUUAAACUCUUGGCAUAUACUACCGUUGACCCAUCACUGAUAUUAGAGAUAGUUGAUGGAAGCAUGCAACAUGUUAACAUUGGAUUUCUUGAUCUGAACAAAAAAUUUAAAAUUGAGAAGAAGGUAAAAUUGAAAUGGGACGAACUUUCCAGGCGCUCCAUCAAGAAAAUGGGCAAGAUGACGCGGUGUAAACUUUUCCUUUACAAUUGCACGCUCACUGCUGUGGGUACAUCUGAUGGAUCGGAGAUGCUGAGGACAAUGGUGGAAGGCAUCUUUCUCCAUGGUGUUGAUCUUGCACAGACUGUGAAGAUUGAAUGUAAGGAAUCAAACGAUACUGUCGAGAAGAGUCUUGCAGAAAGUAGCAUGUGGGCCUCUUUCACUGUAUACUAUGGUGAAGACAGGGCAAAAAUGGUGCAAGAUGCUUGGCCUAUGGUGAAAUCGUUUUUACAGGAGAACGGCAUUUCAUGCGAAUUGAGUGCGCGUAACCGUUCCAUGAAAGUCUCAACAACCACAGAGAUCAAGGACCGAGAUCGUAUUGUCAGGGCCAGGCGUCUUCUUGAACUGCUAGGAAAAACUAACGUUCCACCUUCCCUUGCGAUAGAAAUUAUGAACGGUCGUAAGCAGCAUAUCUUGAUGAAGAUUGGGCAGCAAGAAGGUGGGCUAUGCUCAAGGUUUGGGAUCGAGAAGGUGGAGUACGAAGAUCGGCUCCGGAGAUUUCGUGCCUCUAUAGAGGAGAUCAUUGGCUUGACAGGCACCAAUCUUUAUCACUAUCAAGACACUGUUACUCUUGUUGGGGGCGCUGUCGGUCAAUCUGAAGACUUGGAGAUGGCGAGGAUUUUGGUGGAAGGCUAUAUAGUUCAUAAUGUUGAGAGUGAUUGCGUCACAAAGCUGAAGCUGAUGAAGUCUGAAAAAAGAAAAGAUAGAGAAGGAGAAGACGCUCUGGCAACUUGUCCAAGAAAGAAAAAAACAAAAACUGAAGAUGUGAGUGCUUCAUGGAGUGAAGAACAUGCACACGACGAGGGCAGCGUCUUGAUAUUUUUGUAAUAAAUUUAAGAAGAAUUGCACCGACAUGAACCAUUGAUAUUUUUCGAUUCUGAUUCGAGGGUGGAAUCGUAUCGUGCCUACGCCUAAAGUUCAUCUCAUGGAUUUUUUAUGAUUUAUUUCUGUGAAGAAUAUUCCCACGAGGAUGGCAUCUUGAAAGUCAUUAAUUGUGACUCGUGGUUGUUUAGGCAGUCUCCAAUCGAUGGCUCCACCGGCAGUCAAUGUUUAAAAUAUCGGUAUCGGUGGAAUAUAGAUAGGUAAAUUUGUGGAAAUAUCAAUAGAUAUAUCGAAUAUCGAUAUCGAUUGUCUUCGAUGGAAA